GGAGGAGGAGGGAAGGGUGCCACGUCGAAGGAGGGAGGAGGGAGGAGGGAGAAGGGAGAAGGAAGGAGGGAAGUUAUGUUUGACAACAAGGGAGGGAGGCAAUCUGGUGGGAGGGAGAAGGGAGGUCUAUGGCGGGAGGGAGGAGGAAGAACCAUGGCGGGAAGGAGGAGAGACGACUAUGGCAGGAUGGAGGAGGGAGGAGUAUGGCGGGAGAGAGAAGGAAGGACUAUGGCGGGAGGGAUGAGGGUGCUGCUCUACCGGGAGGGAGAAGGAGGGAAGGGUGCCAUGUCAAAGGAGAGAGAAGAGAGGAGGGAGGAGGGAGAAGGGAGAAGGGAAGAGGGAAACUAUGGUGGACAACGAGGGAGGGAGGUGAUCAGGCGGAGGGAGGACUAUGGUGGGAGGGAGGAGGGAGGAGGAAGGCUACGGCGGCGGAGGAGAGAGGGAACCUAUGGCGGAGGAAGGAGUCAGAGGGUGAUGAAAAGCGGAGGAGGGAGGCAAUGGAGAGGAAAGGAGGAGGCAGGCGAUGCAGAGGGCGAGAGGAAGGAGCGAGGCGAUGGAGAGGGGUGGAGGAAGGCGAUGGAGAGCGAGGAGGGAGGGGCGCUAUGUGAAAGGAGGGAGGAGGGGGGCUAUGGCGGUCGUUCACGUAGGGGUGGUGGGGGCCUACGGCAGAAGAGGGAGGGUGGGAGUCAUGGAGAGGGGAGGAGGAGGGAGGCGAUGGCCGCCAUCGGAGGAAAAAGGGAGGCAAUGAGCGCCACUCAAGAAGAAGAAGAAGAAGAAGAAGAAGAAGAAGAAGAAGAAGAAGAAGAAGAAACGAAGAAGAAGAAGAAGAAGAAAAAGAAGAAGAAGAAAAAGAAAAAGAAGAAACGGAAAAGAGAACAAGGAACGGAAAAAAAGAAGAAACAAAGAUGAAGAACAAACAAAAGGCAAGAAGAAGA